AUGUUCCGUUCAUUGGUCGGGCGACGAACGACGAUAGUGCACACCAGCAGAACGCGGCUAGUUGCCGUGGUGUCUCCCUAUCCGAUCUUCUACCUGUUUCUGUUGCUGCGAGCUGGCAGCAGUGCCAAGCUGUCACCCGCAGCCAACAACCGACAGAUUGAGCAGCGGUUUGCGAUGGAACCGCAGGACCAGACGGCCAUCGUCGGUUCGAGAGUAACGCUGCCCUGUCGGGUGGUCAACAAGUCAGGCCAAUUGCAGUGGACCAAAGAUGAUUUCGGUUUAGGCACACAUCGGAAUUUGAGUGGAUUUGAGCGGUACACAAUGGUGGGAAGUGAUGAGGAGGGUGACUUCUCGUUGGACAUCUCUCCGGUAAUGCUGGAUGACGACGCCAGGUAUCAGUGUCAAGUAGGACCCGGAAGAGGAGGAACUCCUGGAAUUCGAUCAAGGUUUGCCAAGCUUACCGUGUUGGUACCGCCCGAAGCACCGAAAAUCGUCCAAGGUGACUUCAUGGUCACGACGGAGGAUCGCGAGAUCGAGCUGGAGUGUGUGUCGGUCGGUGGUAAACCGGCCGCGGAAAUAACCUGGAUCGAUGGGUUGGGCAAUGUGCUGACGAAGGGCAUCGAGUACAUGAAGGAACCGUUGCGAGAUGCGCGUCGCUACACCGCCAAAUCGAUACUGAAGCUUACACCGAAAAAGGAACAUCACAACACCACGUUCACCUGCCAGGCGCAGAAUACAGCCGACCGGACGUAUCGUUCCGUACGGUUGAAGCUGGAGGUGAAGUAUGCGCCGAAGGUGAAAAUUGCCGUCAUAGGAGGUGCACUCAACGGGGGCCGUAUUCUCGAAGGUACGGAGGUCCGGUUGUCCUGUCGAGCGGACGCGAACCCACCAGAUGUGACCUUCCGCUGGUAUGUUGGUGAGGAGCUGUCUGAAGCUAAUCAUGCAUCAGAACUGCUUAUUGCCAACAUUUCGCGGCGAUAUCACGGCACUACAGUCAGGUGCGAGGUGCGCAAUGCGGUCGGCAAGAGUGAGGAGAGCGUAACGCUGGACAUCAGCUACGGGCCCAGCUUUCACGCUCUGCCCCAAUCGGUCGAGGCUGACCAAGACGCUACCGUAACGCUGAGCUGUGAUAUUGAUGGGAACCCACCGCCGGACGUCCUCUGGAUACACGAACCUUCCGAUCAGGUCGUAUCAAGCGCUACCAACGUAUCGCUCGUCGUCACCUCCGCCACGGCCGGUCGGUAUUAUUGCAAAGCGAGCGUCCAAGGAUUCGCCGAGAUAGAAGCCGAAGCUACCGUUUAUCUGCGUGGCCCACCGGCGAUCAACUCACCGCGCCAACAGUACGGAGCCGUGCAUGAUAGUGCCCAACUAGAGUGUGUUGCGCUCUCAAUCCCAAAGCCCCGACAUGUGCUGUGGUCGUUUAACGGGCGUGAAAUUAACGUUAGCUCUGAGCCAAGCGCUGCCGAAUAUCGGGCACUUGACAUUCCCAUACCGAACGGUGUCCGAUCAACGCUAAUCAUUCACCACUGUCAGCGGGAACACUUUGGCCGUUACAAUUGUACUGUCGUAAACGAUUACGGUAUGGACUUUCUGGAAAUUGACUUCGUCUCCAAAGAACAAAAUCUGUUACCAGUUAUAGUGUUGGGCUCUCUUGGAGGCAUAACGUUUUUAAUCAUUGUCAUCGUGAUUGUCAUCUGCUUGUGCAGUCGUCGAAAUAAAAAGAAGCACCUUCCUCCUGCUGAUGUCAUCCCGAAGUAUGAUGUACCGGGUAAAGAUUGUGGCGAGCAUGGAGGCACGACGGUAAGCACCGAACAUAAAAUAGACCGAAUCGACGACAUGCUGGAUGGGGAACAUCCGAGGGAUACCAUCACCACAAACAUUGCGUUGAACGUGCGCUCCGCAGCUGUGCCACAGACCGGCACCGCUGCCAUCAGUUCGUCGCUGACAGCGCUAAAGGGUGAUACUACCACCGAUUACAGCCGUUACUCCGGGGACUUUUCCGACUCGUUAAGCCACCUCCAGUGUCAGAAGGCCAGUGGACCGGGCGGUGGUGUGGGUAGCAGCAACAACAACGGGUACGUCCCGUAUGUCAACUAUGCCCGUGACUAUAGCCCGCCGACGCAACAUCUGAUGCAGUUUAAGGCGAGCAGCAGUAGCAAUAGCAUUGGCAACACGCUCACCGGCAAACCACCGGCCAAGCCACCGAACGGCCAGCUACCGACUGGCACGAUGACACUGUCGCGAAAGCGUACCCCGGCGCCGGAUCUUACCCGACCAGCCGAAACCGGACUGCCAAGCAUCCAGAGCAGCGUGUCCUCCAUCCCGAACGGAUUAAUGAAUCAUCCCAUGCUCGGUUGCCAUAUCGGGCUGGAUACGAGGUUCGGUGCCAACUACGGUACAUUGCACGGUCGUGGCAGCAGCAGCCCGAUGCAGCUACCCCCACCCGCAACGGCCAAUCCCGCCGCGACCCCAGCUCCACCACCGUACAGUGCAACGCGCAACCAGAACUGUUUGCUCGGGCUGGGACUUACACCCGCGCCCGGCGGCACUUCCAGCAGUUUGGCCAGCAGCGGUAACAACUCGGCCUUGCUAGCCACCGGUUCCAGCAGCCCAAGUUCGACGCAGUCGGGUUCGCUAUCGCUCGCCAGCUCGCAGCUGUCGCAGGCACCAUCCAUUUCGGGCACGGGAACGAUCAGCGCACCAGGACAGCCGCAAGGCCAGCAACAGCAGCAGCAACCGAACAGCCCUCCCGGACAGUUUAUUCUUCCUUCCAGCAACACCAUCAAACCCGGCGUGCUGGCGACACACGUGUAA